CUUGAGAACAUAACCUAUCGCGACCUGUCACAAUAAAUAAUAAACAAACACAUAAUAGAUAUUCAAAUAAAACAAAAAUAAUACGUAUCAAAUUUUAUCUUUUACAUACAUCAUUAAUGCAAUAACAUUUAUGUAAAAAAAGUUAUUCUUGAAGUUCUGAUAUAACAUAAUGAGCGAACAGAACGAACUUAUCGUUUGUGUGCCAGGGCAAAGAUUAUGUGCAGCUGACAAAAUAGCUGGACCAGGAACGUACGAGCAGCAAGGUUACAUCUAUUCGAAGCUCGCCGGUGUUGUAAAAUUAACGACAAAUGACAAAACGUGUACAAUUGAGGUGCGUGGUAUAACAGAGCAAAGUAUCGUUCCCGCACCAGGAGACAUAGUGACCGCUAUGGUUACCUUAGUUAAUCAUAGAUUUUGCAAAUGUAGUAUCAAGUGCGUAGGUGAUAUAGUAUUAACAAGACCUUACAGGGGGAUUUUAAGAAAAGAAGAUGUCAAAGCACUUGAAAAAGAUAAAAUAGAAAUGUACAAGUGCUAUCGACCUGGAGAUAUUAUUCUUGCAAGAGUUAUGCCAAUGACAGAAGCACAUACUUAUCAGUUGAGUACAGCUGAAAAUGAACUAGGAGUAGUUAUAGCUCAUAGUGAAGAAGGGGUAACUAUGGUACCAAUCAGUUGGACUCAAAUGCAAUGUCCAAAAUCCUUAAGCAAAGAAUACCGAAAAGUCGCUAAAGUUGUACCCGAACACAUUGUGGCAGAACACAAUGAUCAGUAAAUUAUUAUACUUUAGUUUUGUACCAAUCUUUAUAGCGUAUAGUUUUCUCGAAUUCACUGUAAAUGUUGAAAAUCAUUAAAGAGCAAUAUAAUACAGAUAAUUGGACUCACUAAUUUUGCUACUAAUAAACUUUCAUCUUCCAAUUCA